AUGCAAAGACGGGCCAGCCGCAGAGACACCCGCCGUCGCCCUGCAGCUGCGGAUCGUACUCGGUCCAGCUCAGUAGCAACGCCUCGCCGUCGUCGUAGCUUCGACACGUCGGCUGCGGACAACAGCAUCUCCCCGUCCUCGCACGACCUUUCCAUAACAGCCACUGCCAGUACUCCAUCCAAGGUUCGCAAAGUCAGCCGUGCGUGUGACUUUUGCAAAAUCCGCAAGGCCAAGUGCAGCGGUAACCAGCCCUGCUCAAAAUGCAUCGCCAAGCGCCGAACAUGUCUCUAUACCGCAAAGUACACCAGGGGGCGGCCGCCUACACCUCCGGCCUCGGCCGUGGCAUCUUCUCGCCAGGCUCCUACUCGGCAAGAUCGAGGCUAUUUGUCUUGGACAGAUAAUCAUGUCCAGGCUCAGAUUCGAGAGACAAGUGAUGGUGCACUUCAUCAGAGUGGAGCCCCCUCCAGGGCGUCGCCGGAGCUGGGCAUGGCAGAGAUCCAAGGUCAGGUGUUUGACCCGACGUCCGGAAUGACGUUUUUACAUCGCGCAUGGAAGAGGCUGUCAGACGAGACUGCACGCAAGAUUCCCGACGCCGUCGGGACAUCGGCAGAGGAUCAGCCGCUGUCCAUGGCAGGUGAUAGACCCCUGCCUGAGCUGCACGAGCAGCGAGCCAUCCGGCUGCCCAGUCCUGACGAGAGUCGCCGAUUGCUGGACCUCUACUUUGAUGUCUGCAUCGCCACAUAUCGCAUCCUCCACCGUCCCGCUGUUGAGAAAUGGCUUACCAUUCUCGAGUGCAGCAACGACCAGGGCAGACCAGUCUGGCAUGAAGUUGGACGAGCGCGAGCCUCAAUCGUCCUUACAGUUCUAGCAAUCGCCACAGAGCACGACGCCAAGUCAAAUGAAAGAGCUUCCACCGACGCUUCGUCGACAUCCCCCACCCUCAGCGACGAGUUCUUCUGCACCUCGUUGCGGCUCGCCGAGACGGAGCAGGGCUACCCCACGCUUGAGUCAGCCCAGGCUCGUAUCCUCCAGGUUCUCUAUCUACUUACCACGUCGCGUUUCAAUAAGAGCUGGUACGUGUUUGGAAAUGCCUUGCAAAUCAUAUCCACGAUUGGCUUGCAUCGAGAAGCAAACUCCAAGCGGAGAGGAAAAUCCACGACGGAUUACGUGCAGAGACAAGGUCGGUUGCGCACAUUCUGGACAGCGUACAUCCUCGACAAUUAUCUCGGCGUUGUUUUUGGGCGUCCACGGCAUUUCCACGACGAGGACAUUGACCAGGAGUUUCCGGAUCGUGCUAAUGAUGACGACAUGACGGCGCUUGGGCCCUCCGACACGCCGCAUACCCCAAUGAGCUGUCACGUUGAUGCUUUAAUCUUCCAUGCCAAAAUUGCUCAAAUCCUUGGGUCAAUAUCCAGAGAGGUAUACACCAUAAAAGAGAUGCCCGAACCCGACCGUGCAUCAGCAGCCCGCCGCCACAUCCAGCGCAUCCACGAAUGGCACGCCUCUUUGCCCAUUCACCUUGGCUCUGUCCCUCCCUCGAUACUCAUCCACAGCUACCGCCGCCAGGCCACCGUUAUCAAGCUCGCGCAUGCACACGCCAUCAUGCACGCCGGGCGGCUGUUCCUCCUCUCCAACUCGUCCGACGCAUUGGCCGAGGAGGAGGCAGUCAUCAACGCAGCGCGUACUGCGCUCGAGGUGGUGGACAGCAUGGCGCCCGAGGGUUCCAUAUUUCAUGCCUUUUGGUGGACGCACUACGUGACAUUUUGUGCUCUGGUGAUUGUGUACGUGUGGGAGAUUCAGCAACGGCGACAGGGCAGGGCUACGGGAGAUGAUGGCAGGGCUAGACUCCUCCAGUUAGCAGAGCGCUGCCAGGGGCACCUUGCGCGCGCGACGGCAACAAACUCGCCAAGCCGACGAUACGCCGUGAUCCUCGAGGAGUUCAAGCCAGCGGCAGCAGCAAGCUAUCCUACCUCCCGCCAUGACUCUGAAGAAAACACCCAGCCACCGCACGGCGCACCUGCCCAGCCGGGCGGGCCGAAUGCGCCGCAGGCACCUGGUGUACAGGAGUAUGGGCCAGCCUUUGGUUCGGAACCCGGGCUGCCCCUGGAUCCGCAUCUUCUGGACGAAUGGCAGACGACAGACUGGCUGGAACUUGAUUCUUCAGCAUUCUGGCCCCAGAUUGACGUUGGAGAAGCUAUAGUCUGGCCAGGUAUAGGAUGA